AUGCCGGGCCCGGACGCAGGGGGCGCUGUGGCGGGAGGCCGCGGCGGUCCGGGGCCCGCGCCGAGCGCAGUGCGCUGCAGCGGCAGCGGCAGCGGGAGCCUGGGCCGGCCGCGCCGCAAGUGGGAGGUGUUCCCGGGCCGCAACCGCUUCUACUGCGGCGGCCGCCUCAUGUUGGCCGGCCACGGCGGCGUCUUCGCGCUCACGCUGCUGCUCAUCCUCAGCACCACGAUCCUCUUCUUCGUCUUCGACUGUCCCUAUCUAGCCCGAGAACUGACCCCGGCCAUCCCCAUCAUCGCUGCCAUCCUCUUCUUCUUCGUCAUGAGCUGCCUCCUGCAGACGAGUUUCACCGACCCUGGCAUCCUGCCCCGGGCCACCGUCUGUGAAGCAGCUGCCCUGGAGAAACAGAUCGACAACACAGGCAGCUCCACAUACCGGCCGCCCCCUCGGACCCGGGAGGUGAUGAUCAACGGGCAGAUGGUAAAGUUGAAGUACUGUUUCACCUGUAAGAUGUUUCGGCCUCCCCGGACCUCACAUUGCAGUGUCUGUGACAACUGUGUGGAACGAUUUGACCAUCACUGCCCCUGGGUGGGCAACUGUGUUGGGAGACGGAACUACCGCUUCUUUUAUGCGUUUAUUCUCUCCCUCUCAUUCCUGACGGCCUUCAUCUUUGCCUGUGUGGUCACCCACCUGACGCUGUGUUCUCAGGGAGUCAACUUCCUCUCCACUCUGAAGAAGACACCGGCGAGCGUGCUGGAAUUGGUGAUCUGCUUCUUUUCCAUCUGGUCCAUCCUGGGCCUCUCAGGGUUUCACACUUACCUCGUCGCCUCCAACCUGACAACUAACGAAGAUAUCAAAGGCUCGUGGUCCAGCAAGAGGGGUGGUGAAGCCUCUGUCAACCCCUAUAGCCAUAAAAGUAUUAUCACUAACUGCUGUGCUGUGCUGUGUGGCCCCCUACCUCCCAGCCUGAUUGACCGGAGGGGAUUUGUCCAGUCUGACACCGUGUUGCCCUCACCUAUCAGAAGUGACAAGCCCGCCUGUGGAGCCAAGCCAGAUGCCAGCAUGGUUCCCACAGCCGUGGGCCCUAGGUCUCCCAGCUGAUCAGUGGCAGGAGUGAAGGAGAGCCACAGUCUCUGGAGGCCACCAAGGGGACCAUGCCAAGUUGCCGCCUGUGCCUGGACAGGCACCAUUGAGUGAGGGUAUGAACUGAGCCCGAAGCCUUCCAGCUGGAGCCCUGCUUGGGCCCUGCUGAACCAGGGGUCUUGGGAAACAGGACCACAGGCCUCUGGAGAAACACAUUGACCAGGGGACAGGACGCUUCCAUGGGCUGCUUUGGUUUGGGGGAUCCCGCAUUUCCUUUCUAUGAUCAUUAUUCUUUCUUCUGUUGGGCUUUUUGGUGGGUUUGAGGAGUUUUGAUGAAGUUGGCCAAUAGGGUAGAGCUGGGUUGCCAGUAGAGCUGGCAGAGGCAGGAGGGUAUGGGUAGACUGUCAAGAGGAAGCCAAACCAGCCGGCUAGUCCCUCAGAUCCUCAGCUUUGGUAGAGUCCUGGACAGUAUUGCAGGAGCAGGGACCUUGCCUUCCCUUGCCCUUGGAGGCUUUCCAAAGGAUCCCUACAUGUGCCCCCCAUCUCUCCCAAGUGGGGUAGGGGUGGAUGGGUUAGCCAUGCUGGCAAUACUUGAAACGGGUUUAUUAAUGCUAGAUAUUUUGCACAAUUUUAUAGAUCUCUUUUCUGCAUAGACUUUUUUAAAUGGAAGGAGUCAGCCACAUUACUGUCUGUGUAGUGCCAAGUCAAGGGUUGGUUUUAAUAAGUUUAUUACAGUAGAUCUAGCUGAGAAUGAGUGUGGGGUGUGUGUGUGUGUGUGUGUGUGUGUGUGUGUGUGUGUGUGUAUGAGCAUAUUCAUGUGUGCUCUUGUACAAAUGCAGCUGGCUCCUACAUCCCCUUGGGCUGCCCCGUUUCCCCAUUCCCCUCAGAAGCAGCCUGAGCCAUGGGGACAGAGAGGGUAUGCUUUAGUCACAAGAGAAUCCUUUUGGGGCUCAACCCCAUCUUUUCUUCCUCCAUGGGCUUCAGACAGCCAGUGACUAGGAAAUCCUAGCCUCCCAGCCCCCAGGUCAGGCUUCAAGCUGUGACCUGCCCAGACAGGCUGAGGAUAGGUGUGCUGGGUGGGGUGAUGGCUUUGGGGAGCGGUUGCCAUCCUCCAAGCCACACCCCCUCCUUGGAUUCUGCUCUGAGUAUAGACCUCAGUGCCAGGUACUGGAGGACAAGGGGUUUUCUGCUAACUGGGGGAUGAAGGGAGCAGGGUAGGCCAGGAGGCAAGUAUGUGUUAGCCAGCACAUAGUAUGCCCUUCCUCUGCGGGGACCUGUAGUUUCUAAUCAAAAUAGAGUAUUGUCCUUCUAGGCAUCUCCUUGGCCCUUCAGGUGUGUUGAAGCCCUUGGAAUGUGACAGGAAAUUACUAGAUCUUUCUCUUUACUUGCUCUGAGGGAAGUGGUGGCCAUAGAGGUUCCCCAGGAGAAGCAGUGUCUCCCCAGCCUCAGAGCCCUGGGCCAUCCUGCAGUGGUCCUUGGAGGGAGAGAGGAAGGGGCUGGAGGAUGGCUCCCCCGCCUGCCUUUUAUUUAAACCAGUGUUCUUUGUUCCUGCUUGUAAUAAAAUUUCUGUUUUUUAAGAGCUGA